AUGUCCGUUCAUGUACCAUCGAUGUGCGCACGUGCCAAGGCCCACGCCGCGCGUGAUAAAGAGGCGUUGGGGCGGAUUAGGUUUAAGUCCCCGACAUAUGCGGCCCACUCCCAGCCGGUCCCCGCCCGCCCCCCACCAACCCAUACCACUCAAGUCACCGCUGACUCAUCCCGUCCACUCGCACACAAAAUGAGUUACGUCGCUAAAGGUGGUGAAAAGGAUUACGAGGCGGGCGGCUUACCCCCACCCAAAUCGCACCGAAUCCGUAUCACUUUGACCAGCAAGAACGUUAAGGCGCUCGAGAAAGUUUGCUUCGACUUAGUUAGCCGAGCGAAAGACAAGGAUCUACGUGUCAAGGGUCCCGUUCGUCUUCCUACUAAGCGACUAACCAUCACUACCCGAAAAACUCCUUGUGGUGAAGGUUCCAAGACCUGGGAUCGGUUCGAAAUGAAAAUCCACAAACGAUUGAUUGAUCUCCAAAGUCCAGCGGAGACCGUCAAACAAAUCACUUCCAUGUCGAUUGAGCCCGGAGUUGAGGUCGAAGUUACUAUCGCUGCCUAA